CUUUCCUGAUUUUUGAUGGCGGGUGGAAAGUGUUGUGUUGAGGAGCUCUUGAUUCAACUUACUGGAGCAAGUCUGCAUUAAACACUAUUACUGUUAUUGUCCAGUAUUACUACAGUAACAUCUCUGGUUAUCAUCACAAUGAGUGAAAUUUAUCGUCAGUCCAAAAUUGGUAAAGCUCUGUUAGAAAGUCUGGAGGAGAUGAUGGAGAACAAGCAGCUGAAAGUUCAUUGUGCUGAGAAAGUCAAGAUAUUCUUCGACCAGAAGAUGACCAACAUAUUCAGAGACUUGCCCUAUGGUGAAGAGGAAGGUUUCAUUGAACAUCUGAAGUUCAAGGAGGACGAGGUAUCCGUCGGUUUGUCCCGGUUUAGAAGUCGUGACUCCAUAAAGCCUUCACUAUCCUCGGGACAGGAACAACGAGGUAAACAUGUGCUCACACACUCUGGGAAUGGCAGUUAAUAUCGCUUCAAUGAUUCCUUAACUUAGUGUUAUUAUCACUGAUUACAGUACGGUUUACAAGACGGUUUAAUGUCUCAUAAUUAUUAUACACAUUGGAGGCCACUCCAUUAAGAUUUGAGACCGAUGAGUGAUGAU